AUGGACCGCUCUUUCCCUCCCUCUUCUUCCCAUUCUGGGCCGGGUUUACCCGCAAGUAAAGAAAGAAGGAAAGGAGGAAGGAUUCUUUCCCCGGGCAGGGGCGAAGGGCGUUAUCCAAUCUGCGACUCUCCCUAUGGUCGACGCCGGGCUUUUUCUCGCUUGUUUGAUAAGGCUUUCUUCAAUCGGCAAAAACAAGGGAUGGAUCGGAAGUCUGAUAAGGCUUUAAUUUAA